ACAAAAAAACAUGUAUGUAUUGUUUCUAUACGUAUACUACUUCCCUCUCAUCUUUUAACUUAUAUCAUCAAUCAACUGAAAGAAAGAAGGAUCAUCUUCUUCUUCAACAUCGGAAGAAAAUGGCGACUGUAAUCGACGCGGCGACGCCGUAUAGACUUCUGGAGGAGGCGACAGGUUCUUCUUCGGAGGGAGAAUCGAGCCCCGUCGACGCCGUUCUCUUCGUCGGGAUGUCUCUGGUGCUCGGUAUAGCAUCGAGGCAUUUGCUUCGCGGGACGAGAGUUCCGUACACCGUCGCUCUCCUCGUCAUCGGGAUUGCUCUUGGAUCUCUCGAGUAUGGAACUCACCAUAACCUAGGGAAGGUUGGGCAUGGGAUUCGUAUAUGGAACGAGAUUAAUCCUGAACUGCUUUUAGCCGUGUUUCUUCCGGCUCUGCUUUUCGAGAGUGCCUUCUCCAUGGAAGUUCACCAGAUCAAGAGAUGUAUUGGACAAAUGGUGUUACUUGCUGGCCCUGGAGUUCUCAUUUCAACCUUUUGUCUGGCAUCGCUUGUUAAGCUCACGUUUCCGUAUAGCUGGGACUGGAAGACGGCGUUGUUGCUUGGUGGACUCUUAAGUGCCACAGAUCCUGUUGCUGUUGUUGCGUUGCUUAAGGAGCUUGGUGCUAGUAAGAAGCUAAGCACUGUUAUUGAAGGGGAGUCCCUGAUGAAUGAUGGGACGGCAAUUGUGGUUUUCCAGUUGUUCUUAAAGAUGGUUAUGGGGAAUAGUUCUGACUGGGGCUCUAUAAUCACAUUUCUGAUUAGAGUCGCACUUGGAGCUGUGGGGAUCGGUCUGGCUUUUGGCAUUGUCUCGGUUCUUUGGCUCAAGUUCAUAUUCAACGACACAGUCAUAGAAAUCACCCUUACGAUUGCAGUCAGCUACUUCGCAUAUUACACUGCUCAAGAGUGGGCUGGGGCUUCUGGUGUUUUGACGGUGAUGACUUUGGGCAUGUUUUAUGCUGCGUUUGCAAGGACAGCAUUUAAAGGUGACAGCCAAAAAAGUUUGCAUCACUUCUGGGAAAUGGUCGCAUAUAUUGCAAAUACUUUGAUUUUUAUCCUCAGUGGUGUUGUCAUUGCUGAAGGCAUUCUCGACAGCGAUAAGAUUGCCUACCAAGGGAAUUCAUGGGGAUUUCUUUUUCUACUAUACUUUUACGUCCAAGUAUCACGUUGUGUUGUUGUUGGAGUUCUAUACCCAUUGCUAUGUCGUGUUGGCUAUGGGUUGGAUUGGAAAGAAGGCAUUAUACUAGUAUGGUCUGGUUUGAGGGGUGCAGUGGCGCUCUCACUUUCUUUAUCUGUGAAGCAAUCAAGCGGAAAUUCAUUUCUCAGCAGGGAGACAGGAACAUUGUUUAUUUUCUUCACAGGUGGAAUUGUGUUUCUAACUCUGAUAGUUAAUGGUUCCACUACCCAAUUUGCUCUGCGCCUUCUUCGAAUGGACGGUUUACCAGCCACAAAGCUACGAAUCUUGGAUUAUACAAAGUAUGAAAUGCUGAAUAAGGCCUUACAAGCGUUUGAAGAUCUAGGAGACGAUGAAGAGCUAGGACCUGCUGACUGGCCUACAGUUGAAAAAUAUAUUUCAAGCUUAAAAGAUUCAGAAGGGGAACAAGUUCAUCCUCACAGUGGCUCUAAGACUGGAAAUCUUGACAGUACGAGUUUAAAGGACAUACGUAUACGAUUCUUAAAUGGUGUUCAGGCAGCUUACUGGGAGAUGCUUGAUGAGGGAAGAAUAUCUGAAAGUACAGCUAAUAUAUUGAUGCGGUCAGUGGAUGAGGCCUUGGAUCGGAUUUCUACGGAGUCUUUAUGUGACUGGAGAGGUCUAAAAGAGCAUGUUAAGUUCCCCAGUUACUACAAUUUUCUUCAUUCUAAACUUAUCCCAGGGAAGUUGGUCAUAUACUUUGCUGUUGAAAGACUCGAAUCUGCUUGCUACAUUUCCGCUGCAUUUCUUCGCGCACAUACAAUUGCGAGGCAGCAACUGUAUGAUUUUAUAGGGGAGAGUAGUAUCGGCUCUACUGUAAUCAAGGAGAGUGAAACCGAAGGAGCGGAAGCUAAAGAGUUUUUGGAAAAAGUUCGAUCUUCACUUCCACAGGUUCUCCGUGUUGUGAAAACGAAACAAGUAACAUAUUCAGUGCUGAAUCAUUUACUCGAAUACAUUCAAAACCUUGAGAAGAUUGGCUUGUUGGAAGAAAAAGAAAUCGCUCAUCUUCAUGAUGCUGUCCAGACUGGCUUGAAGAAGCUUCUGAGAAACCCUCCAAUAGUAAAACUUCCAAAGUUAAGCGACCUGAUCUCCUCACAUCCGUUAUCUGGUGCUCUUCCUGCUGCAAUAUGUGAACCUCUAAAACACUCGAAGAAAGAAACAAUGAAGCUGCGUGGUGUAACGCUUUAUAAAGAAGGUUCAAAGCCAACUGGAGUCUGGCUUAUUUGUGACGGUAUUGUUAAGUGGAAAAGCAAAAGCUUAGGCAACAAUCACUCGCUACAUCCAACUUUCUCUCAUGGUAGUACAUUGGGACUCUACGAAGUUCUCACUGGGAAGCCAUACAUGUGCGACAUGGUUACAGAUUCUGUGGUUCUUUGCUUCUUUAUCAGUAGUGAUAGAAUACUAGCUUUUGUACAUUCGGAUUCUACCAUUGAAGAUUUCCUUUGGAAGGAAAGUGCAUUGGUGCUUCUCAAACUCCUGCGUCCUCAGAUAUUUGAAAAAGUGGCAAUGCAUGAAUUACGAGCCCUUGUUUCCGCUGAAAGCUCAAAGCUGACAACAUAUGUAUCUGGAGAAUCAAUCGACAUCGAUUACAACAGCGUCGGUUUGUUAUUAGAAGGAUUCAUUAAACCAGUUGGUAUCCAAGAAGAGCUUGUACCAUCUCCUGCUGCAUUGCUACCUUAUAACGAGAAUCAAAGCUUCCGUAACGCAUCAGAAGCUUCAGGUAUCAUGAGAGUUAGUUUCUCAAGACAAGCAACACAAUACAGUGUGGAGACAAGAGCAAGAGUAAUCAUCUUCAACACCGGAGCAUUUGGAGCUCAUAGGACUCUACAACGGAAACCAUCUUCGUUGUCAUCGCCAAUUGGGUCAAGCUCCGAGCACCAGCUCCAGAGAUCAUCUAGUAAAGAACACAGAGGUCUCAUGAGCUGGCCUGAAAGUAUUUACAAAGCUGAACAUCAAGAAGAGAUCAAUAGAAAGGCAUUAAACUUAUCUGAACAAGCAAGACAACUUAGCAUUUUCGGCAGCAAGGUUAAUCUGUUCACAAGGAGUGCAAGUUUCGGUGGGAUCAUCAACAACAAGCCACAAGAUAACGUAUUGUACAAGAAACAUCCAUUAGACGCAGCGAAAUCAGAAAGCUCCAUGGCCACCAGGGAGCAGGUUGAGACCAGGAAGUUUGUGUCUCAGCUUCCUGCACACGUAGCCUCAGCAGAGAGCAGCACAAGAAGAAAACCAAUGGCGGAGUCGAGCGAUGAUGAAGAGGAAGGAAUCAUUGUGAGGAUCGAUUCUCCGAGCACAAUCGUUUUCAGGAAUGAUAUGUGAGGGCAUUGAGAUGUUUUGUAACAUAAUAAAAAAGAAGAAAAAUGUUAGCUUACAGAGUUAUUAUUCAAAAGAAUAAAAGUCAAAACAACAGACGCUUUUUUUUUAUGAAGGUUUGCUAGAAACAUUGAACAAAUCCACAGACGCGAUCUUUUUGUAUGCUCUUAUAUAUUUCCAUGUUAUUUGUUCAACAUAUCAAGGUU